AACAUUAAGCAUAAGUGAAAAGCGGUGCGCGCGCGUGCUUACGUACGUACGUGUGUGUGUGUGUUGCUGAAAUCGUCUCUUGUCAUCACGGGAAUUCCAGAUCUUCGGGGAAUAUCACCAGAAUGCUGGGCUACUUGAGGAAGAAGCUCAAUGCGUUUUCUCAUUGGGGCCAUUUGAAUCCAUAUCACACUGUAACAUUUAGAAGUGGUGCUUCUAAACAUUCUUUUCAGAAGGGAUUUUGUUCUAAGGCAGACGAUCCAAACUUGGGACAUAAACCCAAGUCUCAGACUGUGAAGAAUGGCCAUGGGAUUUUAGAUCAGUCGUUAUUUAAGGUGCCUGGGCAUAAACCUACAGAAAUGGACAAAAGAAUCUUGGUGUGGGCUGGCCGAUUCAAAAGCAAAUCAGAUGUUCCUGAGAUGAUUUCCUUCGAAAUGAUAAAUGCAGCAAGAAAUCGUGUAAGGAUAAAGGGCUGCUAUAUCAUGAUCUUCCUGACGAUUAUGUCGUGUAUAGGAAUGACCAUAUUAGGAAAGCAGGCUGUUGAUAGACAUGAAUCCUUGUCUGCUCUGAACAUGGGAAAAAAGGCCCGCUGGAGAGAAGAGGCAGAGAAACCGCAAGACUCUCCUGCAGUUAGUAAAACCCACUAAAGCUGAAAUCAGUCAAAAUGUGUUCAUUUCAGAUUGUUUAAUAGAGUAUUUAGAAUUUUAAAAGAAACUACGCACAGGAAGAUAAGAUAAUCACCCCGAGGCAACAGAGGUAAACAUUUUCAGUAUUUUUUAAAGAGAUACAUCAGCCAGUUGUGAAUAAUCUCUUAAUUUAUUCUUUAUAAAUUAUUGUAAAAAAGCCAGUGUAUGGUUUCAUUUACUAAACCUAGUGGUCAUAGAUUGUCAGAGAAAUGGUAGUAUCCAGUAUUAGGGUCUCAGAUUGGGUUUUGAUGCCAGUCCCUGCUUUCUUCACCUUUAUUUUCUUUACAUUAUUUAGAACUCUUUCUGCUAGAAUAGAUUAAAUGCACCAUUCCAAUGUUUCAGUGAAACGAAUGGUGAGCAUAAUCAUGAGAAAAUGUAGAGAGUGAUGGGGGCACUGACAUGAAAUCGUACAGGCAGUAGAAAUGAAGACACACGGCCUGAUUGAUAUGGGAGCCUGUGGCUGGAGAAGGCCGCCAUUUUCUACUGUGGAUCAUUCCUGGCUAUUUCACCAAGCAUUUUUAAUGUAACGUUGAAGUGCCUUUUUUUCAAGAUGUUGGCAGGUUAAGAAAGAUGGAGAGUGGUGUGUAAGUGAUGUAAACAGAAUGCUGUUGUACUGUUCACAAAUAAAGCAGCAGUUCUGUGCCUUGCUUUUUGAAAAC